UCCUCUUCCCUCUACACACAUCCCUGACGACGACCACGACCAACGGCCUUGCUCGUCUUCAUCCCUUCAUUUACGACCAACCCCUCCAUUUCCGCAAUUGCCAGUCAUGUUUAGUUCCAGCUCCAGACGAUUUAAUAAUACUGCCGCCGUCCCCGGUGAUAGUCUACCUAACCAGCACGCUGUCCCGGCCGACCCUCAAGCUGAUAUGGCGGCAGACGAGAUGGUGAUGCCUCCAGAUGCCGUUGUGAUCGAUGUUCAUGACUUUUCGGCAGGGGAGCAGCCCUCUAACGUCCUUGCCCCUCCAAACGAGGAUGUUCUUACCAACAAUGGUGAAGACACUAUGGUGUGUACGAUGUACUGUCCGAAGUAUUGGAUUGGGGCUGUAGUAUCAGUGGGCACCCCGCUCUGCUUUUACCUCCUCUACAAGGCCAUAGCCAACCGUAACUAAGUCAUCCUUAAGCCUGCCCCAAGCGGAUACCCUUCGUACUCCAACCGCACCACUCAUUUGAUACCCGGACCUGGACACUACUUUUUGGAUUAUUUGUUUUCCCCUCCCACUUCCUCACUUCGCACCCACCCACCCAGACCUACCCUUCCAUUCACACCCGUACCUCUCUUCGAAAAGUUUAUAUAUCUGCCAC